CCUGAAGACCACAGUGGAGGGUCUCGUGUCUACCAACAACCCCAACGUUUGGUCACGUUACGGCGGCCUACAACGACUCCACAAGGACAUGAACAACAUCCUGAGCCAUGGACUGAAGAAUGAGCAGGUGUACUACAAGCAGAGAGACUACUGGCCGUUUGUGUGGUGUGUUCGCUACAUCAGCCCCAACCUCGCCUCGCACGUUGAACAGUUCGGUCACCUGGAGCCGGUGCUGAGCAGCGGGAUGAGGAAUGCUGGGGAGAGCUACAAGGCCGAGCGCUGGCUCCUUCACAGCUUACAGGUUCACAUGCUGUCUGCUCAGCUCAGACCUCUGCUCCGCCAUAUGGGACAUACGAGUAAAUACUAUAAUGGUCAUGCCUUUCUGCUGAGUGAGCCUCAUGUGACCGCCAUGUUCCAGUGUCUGGAAGCCGUGGAGCAGAAUAACCCCAAACUGCUUGCCCAAGUAGACACCUUUGGGCUGUCCCCUCUGAAGGGCCCAACCUGUCUGGGCCUAUUGAAGAGCCAGAGCCUGUGUGUAUUGCCUGGAGCUGGUGCAGCUUGGAGAAGCGCAGACUCGGCUCCCAGAGGAGAAUCUCUAAAUCGCAGACUCACCACGUCCAACUGCUCGCUCCGAGAAGAAGUCGCUCCCAGCCACAACUCUGGGAGCACUACGGGAGUCGGACCCCAAAACAGCAAUAGCACAAACCCUACCUCCAGCAGCACGGGGGCUCCCUGGUUGUGUGUGUCCCGGACGGGGGAGAGCGAGCGAGGGGUGACGCCACCUCUUGGCCCCGGUUCGAUCCCUGGCACCUCCCUCUCAGAGUCCCUCUCGCCCGCCUCCUUUCAGCCCGAUGCCGGGGACUCCUGUGACUGUGACUAUGACGACGGUCCGGAGUAUCUGGCUAUCGGUAACCUGGGGCAACGCAGCCGCUGUGAAUCCCAAAGCUCCACCCACAACAGCCAGGUGGACUUUACCCCGGACCUGUCCAUGCAACGGGGUCCUCUAGCCCCGCCCCCACCGAGACGCUCCUCUUUCUCAGAGGGUCAGAGGGGGCCGGGCCGGGGGUCCCGAGGACACACCCGCUCCUUAUCUGACACGGGGAUCAAUCAGAAACUCAGGAAUGAAUCGGCAGGGCAGGACUGCUGUAUAAAGAACUACAGUCCUUUCUCACCUCAGCGCAAGGAUGUCAGCACUCCCAGUUCCCUCUACAUGGAGUCCCAUGGGUCCCAGUGCAGCAUUGUUUCUGAUGGGAUGUUCAGGAAGCCGUCGGAGGGUCAGAGCCUCAUCAGCUACCUGUCGGAGCAGGACUUUGGCAGCUGUGCUGACCUGGAGAAGGAGAACGCUCAUUUCAGCAUCUCAGAGUCGCUUAUUGCUGCCAUCGAGCUGAUGAAGUACAACCUGCGGCGUCAGCAGGAGGCGGGGGAGGAGGAGGGGGACAGCGACAAUGAGAUCCAGCAGCUCAAACAGAAGAUCCGCCUACGAAGGCAGCAGAUCAGACGCAGCCGCCUGCCGCCCUGCGCAAACUCCCAGCAGCUUUUCCACUCCACUGACAGCGGGGGCUCCAGGCGGAGCUCUCAGGACUCGUACCAGGGCCUCUCUGACUCCGGCUCAGCAGAGGAGGUGGAGGAGUGCGAACUGCAAGAUGGCUGUGAGGGUCAAUCCCUGCUGGCGGUGUCUCAGAACGGCCUCUCCCUGUCCCUCGCCUCACUCUUCACAGAUGCAGACAUUAAGCGCAGCAUGAGCUCCAGCAACAGGUCGUUUCUCAGCUCAGAGUCCAUCUCUCCCGCCUUCCUCCAGUCUAACUCAGCGGAGUCAGUAGCCAUGGGUUUACUCCGGCAGUUUGAGGGCAUGCAGCUCCCUGCGGCCUCCGAACUCGACUGGCUGGUCCCAGAACACGACGCUCCGCAGAAGCUGCUGCCCAUCCCCGACUCUCUGCCCAUCUCUCCUGAUGAUGGCGAACACGCAGACAUCUACAAGCUGAGGAUCAGGGUGAGGGGCAACCUGGAGUGGGCCCCUCCCCGACCACAGAUCAUAUUCAACAUUCAUCCCGCCCCCAAGAGGAAGAUAGUUGUGGCUAAACAGAACUACCGCUGCGCUGGCUGUGGCACUCGCAUCGACCCAGAUUAUAUCAAGCGCCUGCGUUACUGUGAAUACCUCGGCCGUUACUUCUGCCAGUGUUGCCAUGAGAACGCCCAGGCGGUUGUUCCCGGCCGAGUGUUGAGGAAGUGGGACUUCAGCAAGUACUAUGUCAGCAACUUCGCCCGGGACCUGCUGAGCAAGAUCGCAGGAGACCCUCUGUUCAACCCCAAUGACAUCAACAGUGGCCUGUACAAGAAGAACAAAGCUCUGGAGGUCGUCAGGGUUUUGAGGGUGCAGCUGUUUCACAUGAAAAAUCUCUUCAAGACCUGUCGCUUCGCUAAAGAGGUGCUGGACCAGUUCGACAGCCUGCCAGGUCACCUCACUGAAGACCUGCACCUCUUCUCCCUCAAUGACCUCUCUGCUGUACGCAACGGGGACCUGGCUCCACGAAUGAAAGAGCUGCUGAAACAUGGCACCUCGCACGCAGCUGGCUGUGUGCUGUGCCAGGCGAAGGGCUUCGUGUGCGAGUUCUGCGGUAACGAGAAAGACAUCAUCUUCCCCUUCCAGCUGAACAAGUGCCAGCGCUGUGAAGAGUGCCAUGCGUGCUAUCAUCGAAACUGCUUCCGGACAGGUAAAGACUGUCCUCGAUGUCAGCGGCUGGCAGAGCGGAGGGAGAGGAUGGCACGUAAAAACAUGGAGGAACAAGAAGAUGAGGGAGGUGGGCCUUAGUGCUGGUAACCGAAUAAACUCUAAGACGAGAGAGAAGCACAAUUCGACCAUGAUUGUAGUGACUGAACACCGCUCUUUGCGUUCUAAUCCUCUGCCUGCGAGACAAUACUGCAAACAAAUGUUUUGAUCUGAUAGACUUCCAGAUGGUUUAAACGCAUCAGCUGUGUUAGUAAUGCUACUGUGGAUUUUCAGAUGCUUUUUAGUGUAAGCUAAGCCCCUUUCACACUUGCACGUUACUCUGUGAAUAGAGGUAGUCAGCGUAACUUUGAAUAGAAGACAUAAGUCGAUUUUCCAUGAAAAUGAAGUGUCUUCUUUCAAAGAGAUCGCAAAAAGAAACUUGGCUUUAAAAACAACAAUCAUUGAAUUAAGUUCAGAUUGGUUUAUAACUAAUUCCUAAUGUAACUUUAUUUAGUUUGAUACUCUGGUGACCUCUACUGGCAGUAUCACCAAACACUUUGUGGCAGUUGUGACACAAAGUUGUGGGACAAAGAUAUACACUUAAUUGUUCUAAAGAAAAGUGUAAAUGAAAAGUCCCUCUGCCUUACAGGAAUAUUCCACACUGUCCAUGUUGCAGUAACAUGUGUGAAAAGGGCUUGAGAUGUACUAAACUUCUUGGCACUUUGUUCCUCUGUGGUAACACUAAUAUAUUUGAGGUCUAAGUAGAUCAGAAAACAAUUAUAACCAGUUAAGAUAUUGUUCCUUCCUACCAUUGCAGCUUCUGGCAACUGCUUUACCUCUGGUGAUAUUGUUGGCUACUGGCUUAGCUCAAGUUUGUAUUUCUGAACUAAGGAUCUAUUUUUAAGAAAUAUAUAAUGGCAAGUAAAAAAAGAUUAGAUCUAGUCUAUAUUUUUGACAGCUUUUUCAGUGCAGAUACUGUAUUUAAUCCUGCCCUUAACGUUAAUAUAUUGAAGAUAUUUAAUCAAUCCUAUUCUUUUCCUCGCUCCUUACUGUCCUGUUUUAUACUCUUUUAGCCAUGCUGAUGUGCCUCUGGGACCAAUUAACUUGUACUGGUAGAGCUAGCAGAGUUAUUUUGGAAAGAGGAGUUUAAAGAAGGACUUCACUUCUGAGUUUUAGAAUCAGUGUUGAAAAUAUUUUAAAUGAAACUGCAAAUGCUUCAUUUUUGUGCUGCUUUGUGUGAGUGUGAGGUGUGUGUGUGUGUGUGUUUACUAUGAAAAGCUUUGUGAAUAGGUGUGCUUGUGUGUGUAUGGGCACAUGUCUACAUGCUGUACAUGCAGCCAUGCAGAAAUGGUUUGAUCCAGCCUAAUCAGCACUUAUUUUCUAACACGUUUGUCUUUGGAGAGUCGAGUUAAUUGCACUGAUCCUGUCUGUUGGUGGGGGUGGGAGUUGGGACGUCACUAUGGGGAUUUUUCCUAAUGUUCGUUAUAAGAACAUGAACCUUCACCGUGAAAAAUGCACAUGUUAAGCGUUUCAGUCCAAAAUAAGAGAGCUACAAUUAAAUAAAGUAAUUAUAUUAACAUGCAGCAAAAUCAUUACGCAUUCAUCGCCUUUUCGACUGAACCUCAUCGCAUUUAAGUUUAAGGUUUUCACUUUCAAAUAAUUUUGGUCUAGUACAAUGGUUUCAAAACGUAUUGGCCCUACAUUUGUAGCAAGCAGCUGGAUAGUUUACCUUUGCAUUGCAUCGAGUCUUGUAAGAGAGCGAAGCUGAUGGCUAGGUAAAACAACCUGCAUGCUAGCACCAUUAAAGCUCAGUAUUUAACAAAGCAGUUUGACCAAAUGGUCAUUUUGAUUUCAUUAUAUCUUGUUUAUUCAAUCAUCUGGUGACCCCCUUAGUGUGGAACCACUGGUCUGAUAUUCAUUUGAGAUUGACUUAAAACAUCUUAUUUUACUUCUAUGACUCAAGUGACUACUAUUUGCUCAGUCGGUUAGAUUAAAACUCUAGAGUAUAUUUUUUAAUAAAUUAUAUAUAAAGUUCAAGCCAUAGUUAUUAAUGGAAGGAUAUUUUUGAGAUUGGCAACACACUGAUUAAAUCAAACCCUUUACACUGAACUCCAGUUCCAGGUGAAAUUGUUAAUGGAGAGUACAUACCAUCCUCAACAGGCUUUGCUUUAUGUGUACAAUCUUUCACGAGGUAAACAAACUCAUGAGAUCAAACGUAAAGCGGUACAUGUGACACGUCCCCAAGCCUCUAAAGACGAGUAUUAAAGAGAGAAACUGCACCCAUGUCUCAGUUUAAACCAGGCUGCUUUGAAAGGAAACACUGAACACUGAACUCUUCAGCUCGCGGCUCAUGAACAGCUCCACUGAGAAGCGUCGACUCAGCAGAUGGUUUUUACUCUUGGACCGCAUUUAAAUGGAGGUGUGGGGAGGUUUAAUGUGCACUACAGAUUAAAGUGUCCAUUAUUCAAAUUGUUAAUUAUUGUUAAUAUAAAUAUGAUUUGUGUUCAUUUGUCUUUUUGUUCUGUAAAUAUGUUCACAAUAAAAGAAUGGCCGGACUGUU